CCGCCUGAAAAAUAAACUCUAUUAAAUGAUAAACACGGUUACGACCUCUGGCAUGUUGAACAAAUUUGCCGCACUGGAAACGCGUUGUCCGCAUUAACUGAAGGUAUGCGUAUCAAAACACUGCAAUGCCACCGCAAACAGGGCUCAGCAAAAUGCAAUUAUAAAACGCAAAGCCUUCCACCGGUUCAGUCAUCAGUAUCAAAUUUCAGCUCGAACCCUUCGUAGUAGGCAAGUAGUGUCCAGCAAGUUACCGGAAAGCAUCAUGAGCAAAUUCAUCGUGUUGGCAGUUUUAGCGGUCGUCGCUGGUACCAUGGCCAGUUACGCACCGGCACCGGCGCCGUCCUAUCACGCACCGGCUCCGGCAGCAUCGUACCAUGCACCGGCACCCGCCUAUCACGCCGCUCCGGUCAAGUGCGGUGCUAACCUGCUGGUCGGAUGCGCACCCAACGUAGCCCACGUACCGUGCGUUCCCUCGCAUGGCGGCGGUGGUCACGGUGGAUACGGACACGGUUCAAGCCACGUUGGAAGCGCCCACCGUAGCGCCGAUGCCGAGGCAUUCGAAUCGAUGGAGUAAGGAUGCCCUCAGUUCCGACGGUGCCGGGAGAACGGGAUGUGAUGUGAACCGGUAUAGGAGCUUCGAUGCGGACAGGA